ACUCCCAGCAUGGACUCCUGGAACUCUCGCGAGAACUCGUCCGCCCGCAGUGUGAGAUUAGUGCAACUCUCGCGAUGUUCCGGCCUCUUCCUUGGCCGUCGUUGACAGAGAGACAAAGGCCAUGUUCAGUACCAGCGCCAAAAUAGUGAAGCCCAAUGGCGAAAAGCCGGACGAGUUUGAGUCUGGGAUCUCCCAGGCUCUCCUCGAGCUGGAGAUGAACUCUGACCUGAAGGCUCAGCUGAGAGAGCUGAACAUCACUGCAGCAAAGGUGAGAAGCGUUUCCACUCAAAUCGUGUCGAUCGAUCAAGAUCCGACGUGGACAUCCAGCGAGGUUGCUCUCCUGGCUCUGUCCUGGUGGCGUAUGGGAGCGUAGCCUCCAGGCUGAGACGUACAGUCCCGUUCCACGUCGUCGGAGACUAAGCUCUGUCCCCGGCCGGCUGGUCGGUGAGGACGGGCGUCCUGCAUAUUCCUACAUCUUCCCAGAGUCCCUCUGGGGCCGUUACUGGGGAGCUAAACCAUGCAGUGCACAUGAC